UAACACAAGGAACACCAAUACUCCAUUUGUUUAAUUCUUUUUGAUAUCUGGAAUUUCUAAUACAAAUAAAUUUCUAUAGACUUUACAAACGGGUUAGCUUUCAAGAAUAGAUUAUAAAGUGAGAACACAAUGGCUGAUAGAUAUUCAUUUUCAUUGACCACAUUCUCACCAAGUGGUAAAUUGGUACAGAUUGAGUAUGCAUUAAACGCUGUGAAACAAGGUAUUACCACCAUUGGAAUUAAAUCUGCUAGUGGGAUUGUUCUUGCCACAGAACGUAAGGCCAACUCCCCACUUCUCAAAACUGACACAGGCUCAAAAGUAGAGCUUAUCACACCUGAUAUUGGUGUCUCUUACUCGGGAAUGGGGCCGGACUUCAGAGUUCUUGUAGACAAGGCUAGAAAGCUUGCACACACCAAUUACAAGCGUGUUUAUAACGAAUAUCCACCAGUCAAAAUCAUGGUACAAGAAAUAGCAAAGGUUAUGCAAGAAUCCACACAAUCCGGAGGUAUCAGACCAUUUGGUGUCUCAUUGUUGGUUGGAGGUUACGACCAUCAUUCGGAACAGUUCCAAUUGUAUCAAGUAGACCCAUCUGGUAGUUAUUUCCCAUGGAAAGCCACUGCCAUUGGUAAGACUUCUGUAUCUGCCAAGACCUUUUUGGAAAAGAGAUGGAAUGAAAACUUGGAGUUGGAAGAUGCUAUCCAUGUAGCUCUUUUAGCAUUGAAGGAAUCUGUUGAUGGGGAACUUACUGGUGAAAACUUGGACAUUGCUAUUAUUGCUGAACCACAAGAUCACUUGUUGGGUUUCAAGGGUACAAGUCAUAGUGGUCCAAGAUUCAAGAAGUUAACUGCUGAAGAAAUUAACGAUAGAUUAGAUGCUUUAUAGGUGUACUUACAAAUAGUUUUGAUGAAUAAAAGAAAGAAGCAAUAA